AUAUCGUUGCUGCUGUUGCCCCAAAGCGAUCGACACGUACUACUGUGUACUCAGUUCCCCGGUUCACCAUACCAUUGUAAUUCUGCAGCUUUCUUGUCCGAUCCCUUUCGCUUUGAAGAGCUAGUUCGAAUAUACGAAUAGUGCCACCGGAAGUCGUCGCUGACCGAAUACAAUUAUGAAUAAGCCAGGACAGCGGGGAACGUCCCCGCAGUACAAUGUGCGUGGGCUCUCCAGUGAUCUCGCGACCAUGAGUGAUUUUCAGUUUUCGGCUUCCUUGGAUGCUCUUUUGUACGGGGAUAGCAUGACAGGCUCUGCUCCUAGUCAAGACAAUCGCUACGGUUCGGAAUCGUCCACGUCUCCAGCGAAUAGCGAACCGCCUGCUUUCGCGAAUCUUGAGACCAAUAGUAGUACGAUGAGCACAAGCGCAAAAAGUAGUACGAGAAAGAGCUCUCAUCACCAUCAGCAAGGGAAGCGAAGUAGCUCCGGGAUCAUCACAGCCACUACUCUUGGCGUUGACGAGUCGGAGCAACCCCAGAUAGUACAGAAGAAAACGCUGCCCUUGCGCUCCAGUGUAAAUGCUGAGUCUUCGCAAGUUGGGGCAUCGUGCGUCGUUCUACCGCAACCAUCCAAGAUACCGGUAGAUACCGCUCUGAUGCCGAGUGGGGCUAGAAACGGAGGAUUUCCCGUACCGCAACUUUUCGGAAAAGUGGUGACUUUUGAAAAUAGCCCACUUGCUUCAGCCACUAGUACUCAUAGCAGCAGCGACAAGACUCCUACAACCAGCGGAUCGAGCGAAUCUGUCACCAGCGCUCGUAUUUCAGGGAAACGAACAUUCGAGCGGGGACAAGUGUCUGAAGACGAAAGCGACCGCGAACGUCGUCGUUACGAUCGCAACGCCCGCGAGCAGCAAAGGUCACAGCAAAUCACUGUUCAGAUAGACGUUCUGAAGAACGUUCUCACGGAAGCCAAUGUCCAAUUUAAGCCGGACAAAUACAGUACAUUGGUUACGGUGGUGGAUUAUGUCAAGACACUCCAAGAGCGAUCGACUUUGCUUGAUCAAGAACACAAGAAGUUGUUGGACACCAUUAGCAAGACAACAGAAAUUGUCAAUGGUUUGUACGUUCCCGCGGAGUCAUCAUCGUCUGAUGUUUUAUCUGGCCCAUGUAGCCGUCCAGAACCGACACCCGAAGACGAAACUCUAGUUUUUGUCCGUGGUCUUGAUUACAAGGCUGUUUUUGCUUUCUGCCCGUUUGCCUGCGCCAUCGCAAACAUCGAUGGUCGUUUUCUCGACUGUAAUCAAGAUUUUGAAAAUAUUACUGGCUACACUCGGGAUGAGCUCUUACCGCUUGAGGCUUCCUCUAGUGAUCAGCAUGCGUAUUUGACACCCUUGCCCACUACAAGUGGAGACGUUAUCGAGAGUACACAACCGCGGAAUCUUUCCCUUUUCAUUGUCUUGAAUCAGGAUCAUAUGCAGGACGUUUUCGGGGCCAUGAGAGACAUGUUGCGCCGUCCGUUUCCUGGAGAAAUACGGCACGAUUCUUGGUCCCACCCGGUACAUCUCAAUCGUUUUCCCGAUACUUUGGUCAAUAUCAAAGUCAGUUUGGUACGAACAGCUCAGCAUAGCCCUCGGUUUUUCAAUGUGGCGUUGGUGCCAUCAGACGAUGCAGCGAAGCUGUGAGAGAUGCAAAUUAUGUCUUUCGGCGACGGGUACACGUGUACAUUACAUAUCACGAUUGUGUGCUUAGAGAAAGUCCCUUUGUAACCUCCUUUGCUCAAUAUUCAACCAUCUCCUUGCAUGCAUUCGUUGCUGUCGUAAACCAGAUUCAACACACGAGCUUUGACGUCAAGGCUGCGCUUUUUACUAGCUAGUGUGAUAUCGCCUUACCUCGAAAGAAGGCAAACAAUUCAAAAGUAACGCUUGCCCGGGGAGGGUUUGCGCUUCGAGUACCAACGUGGCUGUACACUUCACAAUUAGUGAUUAGAGAAACACAGAGAAGUAGUAAAUUGUGAAUUCUUUGCUUAUCAUUACG